GUUCGAUCAUGUUGAUAUGGCCGACACGGACAUGCUGGAGGCAGGGGCAUUCUCGCGCUAAGACCACCAAGCUGCGAGGAUUGAUCCGACAGGAAAUCAGCAGCUUUUCGAGUCUAGGCCAUGCAUUGGCUAGAUGGCUAAUAUCAUUGUCCAUCUCUGAAGAUGGGAUUAAGAAGCGGAAGUCGAAUUCUGUCAUUUCAUGACAUUCAAG